AUCGCCACGAUAGAACCACUGAACCACCCUCCAUAUUCCCUUCCAAUCCAAUUAGAGCCCUAAAUAAUUCCAUAUCUUUCUCGUCAAAUCAAAAUUCAAAAAACUAAAACCACCUCUGGCUCUCUCUCUCUCUCUCUCAAUGAACCCACAGCUGUAAAAACUGAUCUCCUGAGGAGAGAGAAAGAUCAAUAUCAAGAUCAUCACCACCCUUCUGCAUGACCCUGAGCCGCCUCAUCGGGACCCUCCGCUUCUCUCUCUGCAACCUCGUCGCCUCCGUCUCCCUCCUCCUCCGCCCCCUCCUCUGCAAAACCCUAGAUUUCCUCUCAAUGGACCUCCUCUUCCCCCUCGACGCCGACGACGCCGACUUCGUCGACCGCUGGCCCCACCCUCCCUCCUCCUCCUCCACCGCCCCCGACUCCGACGCCCGCGACGAAGAACAACAACUCUACUUCGUUCCUCACAGGUGGUGGACCGAGGCAAGUGAGUGCUUGUUUGGGAACCUCGACAUGAGCGAGGAGGUGAAGGGUGUUUUGUAUGCGGUAGAGUCAUCGUCUGGUGGUGCUCCUUUGGAGCCAAUGGUGAUUUGGGGAUACCAUCCGAAGGCGGAAAUCGUUCUUAAUAUGAAGAGAGUACAUGGUUCACCGAAUGAAUUGAGUUGGGACGGUACCGAAGGAGGUGAUUACGCAUUGAUUGCGGAAUGGAUGUUCUUGCGGGCUUUUAAAUGGCAUAGCGAAAUGAAGGAAGGGGAAGGCUUUUUAGCUGGAGAAGAGAACCUUCGCGAUCUGUUCUCUUUACAAAUCAAGCUUUCUGUUUCACUCGAAACAAAUUCAUUGGUUGUAAAAAUUAGUUGGAAGGACAAUGAAAGUGUAGCUUUCACUAGAGCCUGUGAUAUUUUUUGUAUAGAGUCUGGGAUGCUGAGCAUUUGGGAUUUCUCAGGGAAGAUAAAUCAGUUUUCCGCAAUUGGCAGAACUUUGUUAUCUGAUAAUUUAGAGCAACCAGACGGAGAGAUUCAUCUGGAGUUGAAAGUCUACGGGUCGUCUUGUAUGACGAAGACAAGAGAAGAAAGGAAAAAUGAAAUGGUUGUAGAACAGCCAAUGAUUGGAAGUUCCUUUAAUAAUAGGUCAAUUCAGAUGAAUGGGGGCACUGACCAUGUUAAGUCCGACUUUACACUUAACAGAGGUUCAGCUUUUGGUAGCACCUACAAGGAAGCUUGUAAUUUGGGCUUAACAGGGUUAUAUAAUCUGGGGAAUACUUGUUUCCUGAACAGUGCUAUCCAAUGCUUGGUGCAUACUCCAAAGCUUGUUGAUUAUUUUCUUGGAGACUACAGAAAGGAUAUAAAUAUUGGAAAUCCAUUGGGAAUGAAGGGUGAACUUGCUUUCCGAUUUGGAGAUUUGUUAAGGAAGCUAUGGGCUCCAGGAGCGGCACCAGUUUCCCCAGGAGUGUUCAAAUUGAAACUUGCUGGUUUUGCACCACAAUUCAGUGGCUAUAACCAGCAUGAUUCCCAAGAAUUUCUUGCCUUUUUGUUGGAUGGGCUCCAUGAAGAUCUCAAUCGUGUGAAAUGCAAGCCUUACAUAGAAGCAAAAGAUGUAGAAGGUCAUCCCGAUGAAGCAGUGGCAGAUGAACAUUGGCAGAAUCAUCUAGCUCGCAAUGACUCCAUCAUUGUUGAUUUGUUUCAAGGUCAAUACCGGUCAACAUUAGUUUGUCCAUUUUGCAAGAAGUUGUCCAUUACAUUUGAUCCAUUCAUGUACCUUUCGUUGCCACUGCCUUCAACAACAAUGCGCACAAUAACACUGACAGUCGUGCACACUGACGGGACUGCUUUGCCAUUUCCUGUCACUGUAACGGUACCAAAGGAUGGAAGGUGUAAGGAUCUUGUGCAGGCCUUAAGCACUGCAUGCUGUUUGAGAGAAGAUGAAACUUUCUUGGUAGCUGAGAUAUUCAACAAUCGCAUACUCCAAACUUUGGAUGAGGCAUCCGGGUCGAUAGAUCUUCUUCGAGAUAAUGAUAGACUUGUUGCAUAUAGACUGCCAAAAGACAAUGAGACAUCUCCUCUGGUUGUAUUCAUGCAUGAACAGAGUUGUCGCGGUCAAGCAUUUUCAUCGACGGAGAAGUUUGGUAUUCCUCUUGUGGCAAGGAUAUGUAGUAUUUCUAGAGGAUCCGAAAUACGUGAAGAGUUCCUCAAAUUACUCAAUCCGUUUUUUAUUGGGGCUGGAGAUUCUUUGAAUGAUGAGGAUGAUGAUGAUGAAAUAAUUGCUAAUGAAGUUUUCGAGAUGGAGGAUGUUACUGGCUCGAGAUUAUCUGACGGAGAUGAAAAGUCAGACAGUGCACCUGGGGAUGACUCGAAUUUGAAUCCUGACUUCGAAUUUUAUUUGAUGGAAGAGAGGACACUAUUGCGUAAAUGUUCUAAGAUACAGAUGACUGAGCCAACAUCAAUGAAAGGAUUAACCGGGAAGAUUAACGUGCUUGUUUCUUGGUCAGAUAGAAUGACUAAGUUAUACGAUACUUGUGUUCUAAGCUCUUUGCCUCAGGUUUGCAAACCUCGAUUACCUACGAAGCAACCUCGAGAAUCUGUUUCACUUUAUAAAUGCCUUGAAGCAUUCUUGAAGGAGGAGCCUCUAGGGCCAGAAGACAUGUGGUACUGCCCCAAUUGCAAGACGCAUCGACAGGCUAACAAGAAGUUAGAUCUUUGGCGACUGCCCAAGAUUUUAAUUAUUCAUUUAAAGAGGUUUUCAUACAACCAUUUUUUCAAGAACAAGCUGGACACAUUUGUUGACUUCCCGAUUGACAAUUUUGAUCUCUCAACUUGCAUUGUUCAUAAUAGCCAGCAGUCCCAUCAUUACAAGCUGUAUGCAGUUAGUAAUCACUAUGGUGGCUUGGGCGGUGGUCACUAUACUGCAUUUGUCCAACAUGGUCGUGAUCAGUGGUAUGAGUUUGAUGACAGUCAUGUCUCCCCUAUUGGUGAGCACCAGAUAAAGUCAUCAGCUGCCUACGUUCUUUUUUACCGGAGGAUAGCAGAUGUUUGAUAUUAUGUGGACGUACAGUGAGAUUAUUUUUGAGACUUCUGGUGAAGAGAGAAACUUCAAUUUCUUUAUGAAAUUCUCAUUUGUUUGUCUCUGAAAGCACCGGGGAACCUGGAAAGCUGCAUCUUUUUGCAUGGGUUCCGAAUUAGAGAAGAAUGUAAAUACACAGGUAAUAGAAUGGUGAAAUUCGUAUGUACAUACGCCUCAGGAUAGCAGAUUCUUACAAAGGGCGUGUCCUUUGUGUUACUUGGUACAUUCGUGCUGCCACCCCAAAAGGAAAAAGAUGUUUUGUAAUGUUAGUUUUUUUUGAGCGAGAAUACAAUGAAAUGCAUUUGCAUUUACAUUUCUUCCUUUUUGCUGAAUAUAUGUGGGAAUACAAUGAUAGCAAAUUCUCCCUUUUUGCUGAAUAUAUGUGGAAUACAUGGAUAUGUCUUUUGGGUAUA